AUGGCCGCUCUGGCCCUUUCAGUGCCUUACUUAUAUCAUCUCGCCACAUCACCAAACCAAUCCCUUAGCGAUAUUCUUCUUUCAAUAUUCCAUAAUUCACCCUUCGCCGCCUCGACCGAUCCCCUCCCCUUUACCUGCACCCCACACAACUAUACUACGGAAAUCAUCUCUCUCUCCCCCCUCCUAGUCUACAUCCACUCCUUCCUCGCCCCGCACGAAAUCACCUCCCUCCUCGCGGCAGGCGAACCCGAAUUCCAGCCCUCAGAAGUCGUCAAAAAUGGCCGCAAACAAGGAACCGGCGACCGCACAUCGUCCUCCGCAGGUCUUCCCCGCGACAACCCCGCGGUACAAUGCGUGCUCGACCGUGCACAAAGCUUCAUGGGCACUAUGCUUUCCGCCCGAGACGAAAUAGGGCCCCCACAGCUGGUGCGGUACACGGCCGGACAGCGGUAUAAUGUUCAUCAUGAUUGGUAUGAACGACCGCAGCCGGCGCGGAGGGAGAAUAUGCAUAGAGGGAGAAGCUGGAAUCGGGUUGCGAGUUUCUUUGCGAUUUUGGAGGAUGGGUGUACGGAGGGGGAGACGUAUUUUCCGUAUGUGAAGACGGUUGCGCCUCAAAAAGGGAUGAAUGGGCGUGGGAAAGGGGCUGUGUGGAGGGAGCACGAGGAUGGUGGAUUAGCUUUUAGGCCGGUCAAGGGGAAUUCACUGUUUUGGGUUAACUUGCAUGCGAACGGGACGGGGGAUACGAUGACAAUGCACGCUGGGUUACCGCUUGGGGAGGGGUUGAAAACUGCUAUGAAUAUUUGGCCGAGGCAUUAUUAUCCGUGA